AACCACUUUGUACCGUUAAAUUGGACAGUUCACUGACCGCCGGAAAGUGACACACGACAUAAGCGACACUUCAACGUGGUAGACAAUGUAGUUUCGCGGAAGAUGGCAGUUCAAACGAAUGAUGCUGACGACUGACACUGUCAUUCGGACAAUUGUUCUAAUGACAGAAACGUUCUAGCAAAAUUUGUAGGCUUAGCUUAUUCUGUUGACACAACAUGUAAUUGCACAACAAAUCGAUAUUACUCGACCUUGAUAAAUUUGAGGGUGUUCCAUCAACUUUAUCAAUUUCGUUGACGCCUCUUCGUUUUAUCGCACUAGAGUUUCCUUAGCAUCUAAUUAGAAUGCAACGAUACGAUAUUCUUAUUCAAGAAAUCGAGGGCAUAGACGAUUAUUUGGGCCCAACUUUUCGGGCUAUUUACGAUGGCCACGAACAUCAAAAGUUUAUGGAAAAGCUUGAUGAGCGUAUCAAGGCUCAUGACAAGGAUAUCGAACGAAUGUGCAACCAUCACUAUCAAGGUUUCAUUGAUUCGAUAAGAGAACUUCUGCAAGUUCGUUCUCAAGCGCAACAACUCAAUGCUGAGAUAUUGGAGCUUGACAAGCGCAUCACUGCUACCUCCACCAAAGUGAUAGAAAAGGGAGAAGAGCUUGUUAGAGCCCGUAAAGUAGAAAGUAACAUGGCUGCAGCAGUAGACAGUCUUACCAUGUGUCUUCCUGUUUUAGCUGCAUAUGCAAAGUUGCAGAAACAAUUGAAAGAUAAACGUUAUUAUCCAGCUCUAAAGACACUGGAGCAGUUGGAACACCAUGAUUUACCAAAAGUAACAAAUUAUAGAUUUUCUUCACAAAUUACUCAGCAAAUACCACAACUACGUGAGAAUAUAAAGGAUGCUUCCAUGUCUGAUUUAAGAGACUUUUUAGAAAAUAUUAGAAAAUACUCACCUAAAAUUGGCGAUGUUGCUAUGAGACACACGCAAGAACAAUUAACUAUCGAGGCCGAGAUCAUUGGUCGGAAGAAGAAGAGAUCGCAGACUAGAACAUCUGUGCCGAAUGACGGUGAAGAAGAAUUAAGUGCUCAGGACUUAAUGGAUUUUAGUCCGGUGUAUCGUUGUAUGCAUAUUUAUACAGUACUACGCGAAGGAGAAACGUUUAAAGCGUAUUACAGACAACAAAGAAAACAACAAGCUAGAUUAGUUUUACAGUCUCCCAUUAAUAUGCAUGAGAGUAUAACAGGCUAUCAGACUUACCUACAAGGAAUUGUGGGAUUCUUUGUAGUGGAAGAUCAUAUUUUGAAUACAGGCAAUGGUUUAGCAACGAGAGUUUACUUGGAUGAACUGUGGUCCAUGGCAUUGUCCCAGAUAGUCAAUGCACUUCGUACUCAUUCUGCUUACUGCACAGAUGCAAGACUUAUACUGAGAAUCAAAAAUCUGAUAAUGCUGUUCAAUACAACUUUAAGAAAUUAUGGGUAUUCUGUAGGACAACUCUGGGAUUUGUUACAAGAAAUUCGUGUACAUUACAACGAGGUUUUGAUGCAGCAUUGGGUUCAAGUGUUCAGAGACAUUUUAGAUGAAGAUAGUUUCUUACCAAUUCAGGUCACAACACAAGAGGAAUAUGAUAAUAUUCUGGAUUUAUUUCCCUAUCACGACGAAGAAUUAGAAAAAACGGAAUUUCCGAAGAAGUUCCCAUUCUCGGAUAUGGUACCAAAAGUUUACCAGCAAGUGAAGGAAUUCAUCUAUGCCUGUCUCAAGUUUUCGGAGGACUUAAAUUUCACACAGACCGAGAUAGAUGAAAUGAUCUGCAAAUCAACCAACUUGUUAUUAACGAGAACAUUUAGUGGUUGUCUAUCUUCUUUAUUUCAGAAACCAUCGUUGGCUCUCUUACAAGUAGUUCAGAUUAUUAUAAACACAGGGUACCUUGAGAAAUCUACAAAGUAUUUGGAAGAGUUUGUAACUAAUAUCACGGGAACACCGCAUGAAGGACAGCUAAGCUGCAUGGGUGUCGAAUCAGCUAUGUUUAGAGUAGCAAGAGACGAUGCUGAGAAACAAAUUUGCAACAAAUUAACGAAUAAGCUAGACGAAUUUUUGGAAUUAGAAAAUUAUGACUGGAAUCUAGCAGAACCUCAAGGACAUGCAUCCGGUUUUAUCACUGAUCUCAUAGCAUUCUUGCAAAGUACUUUCACCUGUUUCACCAAUUUACCUGAAGAAGUUGCUCAAGUUGCUUGCAAAGCUGCUUGUUCUCACAUAGCGAAGGCUAUACUAGCCAUUCUAGUUAGCGAGGACGUAAAACAAAUAUCUAUGGGUGCUCUUCAACAAGUCAAUUUAGAUACAAUACAGUGUGAACAAUUCGCCGCUUCGGAACCCGUGGUCGGCUUGCCUGAAGGAACCUUGCUUCAAAAUUUCGCACAAUUAAGACAAUUACUAGAUUUAUUCAUGAGUUUGGACUGGCCUACUUAUUUCCACGACUAUGGCCACGAAUCGAGUAAAUAUCACCUGGUAACUCCGAACAUGGCUGUACUGUUGUUAGAGAAAUUAAAAGAGUCUGAUAAGAAAACAGUAUUCGCUGUACUGAAAAAGAGCGAAAGAGAUAAGAAAAAAUUAUUAGAAACCGUAUUAAAACAGCUACGCCAAUUAGCGCAGACCACUCAGCAGUAAACGAAACCGAAGUCAAUAUGUAUAUACCUCAAGAAAGAUUGUAAAUACAUAAUUUUUAAUAUAUACGUCUCCAAGCAUAA